AUGAAUAAAUAUGAAGUUAAAGGAGUUGUGGGUGAAGGCGCAUAUGGCGUUGUUUUAAAGUGUAUGAAUAAGGAAAACGGAGAAUAUGUUGCUAUAAAGAAAUUCAAGGAAUCAGAUGAGGAUGAAGUGGUUAAGAAGACCACUCUCAGAGAAGUUAAAAUUUUAAGAAUGCUUAAGUAAGAAAAUAUAGUUCAGUUAAGAGAAGCAUUCAGAAGAAAGGGAAAAUUGUAUUUAGUCUUUGAAUAUGUUGAAAACAACUUGCUUGAAAUUCUUGAAGAAAGGCCGAAUGGGCUGGAUCAAGACGAUGUUAGAAAAUAUAUUUAUCAGUUAUGCAAGAGUAUUAGUUAUUGCAACUCAAUGGAUAUUAUACAUAGAGAUAUUAAGCCAGAAAAUCUUCUCAUUAGCAAGGAUGGUACUCUCAAGCUUUGUGAUUUUGGAUUUGCCAGAGUUUUGCCUUAGAAAGGAGGCAACUUAACAGAUUAUGUUGCUACUAGAUGGUAUAGAGCACCAGAGUUGCUUCUUGGUUACACAGAUUAUGGUAAAGAAGUAGAUAUGUGGGCUGUAGGUUGUAUUAUGGGAGAAUUAACUGAUGGAUAGCCUCUCUUUCCAGGAUAAAAUGAGAUAGAUUAACUCUAUGUGAUUUAAAAAGUACUAGGACCACUAACUGCUGAACAAUAAGAAGUAUUUUUAAAACAUCCUGGAUUCUUGGGAGUAAAAUUACCAGAAAUAAGUAAACCAGAAACAAUAGAAAAGAGAUAUUUGGGAAAACUAUCAAAAAAAGCCCUUUCAUUUAUGAAAAACCUACUUAAAAUGGAUCCUUCUUAAAGAAUGAGUGCAGAUGAGGCUUUAUAGCACCCUUAUUUCGAUGGAAUUAGAGAUAAAGAAAUUUAAUAAACAAUUAAACAUGGAAGAAUUGAAGAAAGAGUAGAAUCUGCAACAAUUAAAGAGCCUAAACAAAUCAAUUAAAAUGGCACAAAUUCUGGUUUUUAUAAUUAACAAACUUAAAAUGCUUCAACUAUUAAGCCAAAAGAUAAACCUCCUCAAUAAUAAGCUAUUCCUCCAAAAAAUUAAACUCAAUAACCACCUCUUGGAUCUAACAAACAAAAGGCAUUACAGUAGUAACCAGACCAAUAAUAAUAAAGAGUUAAUAACUUUGUAAAAAAUGGCGUAAGACAAGAAAAGAAUACUCCAAGUCAUGAGAAUAAUAGAAUAAUUAAAAAAGAUAUUUAUCCUCAUCCAUAAAUAAACUUUAUGUAGUCAAGCUAUUCAAAUAUUCCAGAUAUUUACAUUAAAACGAAAAAUGCUCAAAAUCAGCAGUAUAAUUAUGAAAUUCAAGAAAAUUAUCAACCAGAUUUUCAUAAUGAGGACCCAGAUGAUUCACAGUAACCUUCCGUUCCCCAAGUGUUAAUUAGAAACGACACUCAUGGAAAUCAUAAUAAUAUGGUUAACGUUUCAAUCGAAGAUAAUACUCCAUACUCUAAAUUUAAUGAAAGAAAUAAAUCGAAAGAAAACAUCAUACCAAAAGGAAAGAAGAAAAAAUCAUAGAUGUCAAAUAUAGAAAAUUUCUAUCAAGAUAAUGCAGAAAAUUCUAAUAAUCAAGAAGAAGAUGCAGAAGGUCGCAAAAGCCCUCUUCUGACAAAUAACAAACUUUAUGGUACAUCAGUCGCACAGCAAAAGAAAUUCAGAUUUAAUGUUAUGGCUCAGAAUAUUCAACAAAAUGAGGAGGCUUAAGAAUAUCCAAGAUAAUAAAGUAGAGCAAAUAGCAGGUCUAAAUUUUAUAAAAAUGGAUAACUCCAAAAGAAUGCCAACUAUGUAAGUUCAUAGCAGAUGAAUGUGCUUUUGCACACAGAAGAAGGUCCUGACUAUGAAGAGAAAGGACUUAAUUUAAAUAGCAACACAAAUAAUAAUAAUAUGAACGUAAACAAUAACAAUAUCAGUAGUUAAAAUAUGAUGGAAUAGCAAGUAAUGGGAAAUGAAAUCUUUUAGAGUACUAGUUAAUUGCCUUAUAUUUAGUAAUCAUCUUCAAAUUAUAAUCCAAACUUUAAAUUUUAUAAUAUGUACCAUUAGUAAUAGAAGUAGACCUAAAAACCAAGUGGUAAAAUGAGUACUUAACAUAAUAAUAAUACAAAUUAAAAUAUGAAUUACGACCAAUAUACUUACUCAAUGCACCCUUACGAUUAGUAAGAUUAAGAAAUGAAGAACUUAAACAUAAUUUACAACAAUAAUACAUACAAUUAUAAUAUAAAUAACUCUCCACUUUGGAAUUCGAUUAGCAAGAAAAAAAUAUGA